AUGCUCCGCUGCGCGUCCGGCAGGGACGUCGCCGCGGUCUGCAGUCGCCUGAUGUGGGACGCGAGCGAGAGGAUGAGCCGCGAUGCGUCGGCUUCGGAAGCCGCGCCGAGCUCGAGGCUGCGGAGCGCCUUGGCAUCCUCCUGCGCGGAGUUGUGUAGCUGCCUGCACUCCAUCGCCGCUGCCCGCGGACGGUCCGCUCGGGGCGCGAGGCGCGCGGCGGAGGAUUCGUGCGCGGCGGGGGAGGUGCCCGACCCUACGGCCACGGCUCGGCCACAGCUCGGCACCUCGAUGUUCCCCCCGAAAACUCGACAGCGCGAACGGGAACUCGUCGCCACGUGGCAUGCAUUGGAGCGUCUCCAGUCGCGGAAGCGCGCGGGCGGCGACGUGGCGGGGUCGAUGAGCGCGGUCGGGGCGUCCGCAUCGUCGGGAGUAUCGCACGAGCGACUCGCGUGGCGCGCGAGGGUCGCCGGCGUCGCGUCCACCUCCGCGCGGCGCGCCCUCGUUCGUCCACCAGGCGGGCCACGUCGUCGCACGAACAACGGCACUCGGACCCCCGUGGGGGAAGGAGCGUCGAGGCCCCGGACUCGUCGCCGCGAGGUCGACAGCGACACCCGCGGCGAUAAGCUGUUCAACGCGUUCGAGAGCAACGUCAACGCGCUCCUUCGGCUCGUCAGGGACACGACAGGAGCCAGGGCGUCUCCCUCCUUCGUCCGCGGGCUCAUCGAGAACACCCUCACGGACAUAACGAGACGGCGAGUGUCGGUGGCCACGUUGAGGCUCUACCCCGACGGCGUCGUGAUCGAGGGCCUGGCGAUCGGCGAAAACCUCACCGUGGAUAAGCUUCUGGUGCGAGCCAAGCUCCAACCCCUGCUGGACGUCAUGGGGGAGUGGCAGACCGCCACGGAGGGCACACCCGCGCCGGAGAUUUACAUCGAUUCGGUGCGAUGCCGCGGCGUGCGUUGCGUGGACACGUACUUCGACGGCAUACGCGACGCCUUCGACCUCUACGUCCACGCGCCGGGCGCCAUCGUCAUACAGUCCCUGAAGCUCUACGACCUAUCCUUCGACAUCGCCCCUCACGAGUCGUUCGAGGGCAGGGACGUCGCGCCCAACAGGAGGCUCCUUCGACUCGCAGCGUUGGCUCUGGGAACCGAAGAUGCGCCGGUGGAUUCCAGGGAGCCGGUGUCGUCGCUCGCGGGGUGCAUGUCGAAGCUCCUGGAGCCGGGGCGGGCGGCGAUCGAGGCUGGGGUGGACGUGCGCAGGGCGGAGGCUCGCGCCGCGGGACGGUCGUUCGACGAGGGCACGAGCUACGGCGACGCGAAGAGCGAACGUACGUACUACCCGGGGACGAAGAUUUUGAAGACGAUGACGGCUACUAAGCCGAGGCGGAAACCGGCGGAGAACAGGGACCCGUUCGCGGCGCUUCGCGGGUUCGUUCCCCCCGCGGUGAUGGACACGGUGGAUGCGAACCUGAGGCAGUACGCCCCGGAGGUCAUAGCGGGUCUGAACGCGUCGCAGGCUGUGAUCGAAUCGAUCGGCCCGAUGGUCCUUACGGACGUCGCCGCGGUGGCUGCCAAGGGAGCGGAGCUGGCGCGCGCCGCGGACCUCGCCGGGAUCACGCGCGUGGGGUCGUCCGGGGAGGUGCUCCUCGACGUGUCCGUGGUGUCCGCCCUGGUCGCGGCGGGUCUGACGGACAGGCGGUGGGUGGCGGACGGGGGUAAGCUCAUGGUGAAGCUGGUGGAGUCCGGGGUGGGCGCGGUGCUGUUGGAGAAAGCCGAGCUGUUGAGGGUGCUCGCCGAGCGGAGGCUCAUCACCCGGCUGCUCGACCUCGAGCUCAUGGACGCGCUUCUCGAUCGUCCGGAGAUGACCAAGGAGAUGUUCCGGAGCGGGGUGGUGAAAGGCGUGCUCACCAACGGCGUCCUCGAGGCGCUGCUGGCGGCUGGGAAGGAGGACGUCGUCUGCGGCUUGUUGCGGUCGGGGAUGCUGGAGAUUCUGAUGGACACGGGCCUGCUGCCGCGAAUGAUGACGUACGAGAGGGAUCCGGGGGAGAGUGUCGUGCCGCCGACCGGGUCCGUGGACCUCAGCGUGGACGAGGGCUGACGGCGACGCGCGCGAGGAGAGGGGUGUCAACUUUAAGGGACAAAAUCGUGUCGACGUUA